AUGGCUGCCCUGCUACCAUUAGUGCGCGCACAAUUCGGCGCAUCGAAUCUGGGCGGUGCCGUCGGCUGUGUGGUUACGAAAAAUAAACUGUUCUCGAGCGGGAACUACAUUCGCGACUUGACGGAACCGGAAGUGAAAGUGUUGAUCCAGUACAAGAAGGAUAUGGUUGCGUUUAAGAAGAAAAUCGCCGACGCGUUUGACAACGUGGAAGAGAUGGAAACUACCGGAAAUAAGAACGUUACUCUGCCCCCGAUGCCCGUUCGCCCAUCGAUGCCCUCCUUCUGCAUGGGCGCCGACACGACCAUGUACAUUUUUGCUGGGUGCAGCGUUCAGAACUACAAAGUCUACAUUGGGAAGACGUUCGCCCGAAACUUGGACCAAAAAGAGCGUGGUCGGCUUGAGAAAUUCGUAAAACAGAUGAAGGACAACGAGGCCAAGGCGGCGCAGGACCCCACGGCCACCCAAGCCCCCGGCGCACAAAAGGAUCUCGACUUUUGCACCGAGCUC